AUGCUCUGUAUAGUGACAGCGAGAAGUGAAGUUGAGUUGAGAAAGAAGACCAUGUUCUUGAAGGAGGCGGAAAGGCUUUUCUUACUCCAGCAUGCCAAGUGUUCGUAUCUCAAGUAUAGUGACAGAUGCUCCAAGCUUUUUCAUGCAAUUGUGAGAAGGAACUCGAAGAGGAAUCAUAUAUUGACGAUGCUUAGAGAGGAUGGGUCCAUGACCAAUUCCCUUGGCCAAGUUGCUGAUGAGUUUGUUCGGUAUUUCGAGGGCUUGUUAGGCACUGCCAAGGCUUGUGAGCCUUUCGAUUCGAGUGUGCUAAGUGCUGGGCCGAGGAUUUCGAUGGAGCAGGCUGCCAGUCUCUCUUCCUGCAUUUCCAGCCAGGAGAUUAAAUCUGCCCUCUUUAGCAUUGGAGAAGAUAAGUCUCCGAGGCCUGAUGGCUUCUCCUUCUGUUUCUUUAAGAGGUCUUGGCAUAUUUUGGGCGACCAGUUUACUGAGGCUGUUCACGAUUUCUUUACUUCUGGUAGGAGUGUGGCGGAGAAUGUGCAUCUUGCUCAGGAGCUGCUUCAGAAGUAUAGUAAGAAGGGAAUUUCUCCGCAUUGUCUUAUCAAAGUCGACCUUCGUAAAGCCUAUGAUUCCAUCAGCUGGAGUUUUCUAAGGCAGAUUCUUGAGGGCAAGAAGGGGCUCAGGCAUGGCAACCCACUCUCCCCGUUCUUGUUUGUGCUGUGCAUCAAGUAUCUGUCGAGAUUCCUCAAAGCUGCUAUGGUGAACUCGAAAUUUAAUUUUCACCCUAAAUGUGGCGGGCUUAAAGAUUUGAGGAGAUGGAAUUUAGCUUUGCUUGUGAAAGUGCUCUGGAACAUUCACGGGAAAAAAGACUCACUAUGGGUCUGCUGGACCCAUCACCAAUAUCUUGUUUCCUCUUCGGUUUGGGAGUGGGCGGCUAGGAAAGACGACUCCCCCCUUAUCAAGAAGUUGCUAGCCAUCAGGGAUGCAUUGUGCAUAGAGGCGGGGUCCAACUGCAAGUGUUGCGGUUGCUAA